GCAGACGUCACCAAACAACCAAACAUGGCCUCAACAAUGAACAUGCUUAUCGUAAGCAACGACGACGGAAUCUUGUCGGGAGGCGCAGAGGCUGUCGUUCAAGACGAACAUUCGCAAUUGUCUACUAUCUUCGUACCACAUAUCGUCAUCCAUCUCCUUCGCGCCCGAGCAGUUCGCGCAUCGAUGGCAAAAACUCGAUCUCCAUAGAUGCCAAGCGUAGCUAUGACAUUGGGGCCGUAGUGCGCCGGCUUCUGUAAUUGGACUUGAUUCCGCGUAUAUAGACUGGACGCUCAGGGUCCGGAUCAAGCUAUGUACACAUUUAUUGCGUCGAUCGAUUUCCUUCAACUUUAGUUUCUGUGGUUUCGCAUCCAUUGCGCGUUCGUAGUCCAUUCAAAUUGCACAGCCGUCAUCAUGGACUCGCCAGACGCGACGAAUUCGAAUAGCAAGGAGAUACUAGAGAGAAUUGCAACACACGAAUCAUACACCUUUCAAGGCGCGAGAGGAUGGCGGAGAUGGCGCAUUCUCCAACCUGGUCGCGGCAUGUAUCACGAUGUAAAGAGGAGACUACCUUACUACUGGAGCGACAUAACCGAUGCUCUCACUUAUCGAGCUUUCGCCAGUACAGUCCGCAUGUACUUUGUCAACGUAUUACCUGCCAUCGCAUUCACACUCGACAUGUACCGUCGAACGGGCGGGUUCUUCGGCAUCAACGAAGCCCUCUUUUCGUCUGCAUUAGCAGCCAUGGUGUUUAGUUUGCUCGCUUGCCAACCUCUUACCAUUGUGGGAGUCACUGGUCUAAUCGCACUUUUCAACUACACCAUCUACGACAUCGUCACCCAAUAUGACCCCUCGAUUUAUCCAGCAUUCACCGCAUGGGUCGGAAUCUGGGCUGCCAUCUUUCACUGGAUCGUUGCCUUUGGAAACUUCAGUGACUACAUGGCCUAUGUCACUGACUUCUCGAGUGAGACAUUCGGCAUGUAUGUCGGAAUCAUCUACUGUGUCAAGGGUGUUGAAGAGCUGGUAUAUCUCUUCCAAGAAUCUGGGUUUGACGGUGGCUACCUCUCCAUCGUUAUUGCCAUAUGUUACUUCGGCUCAGUCUACGGUCUCGAGAAGCUUGGUAACAGUACGGUGUUUACCCCAGGUAUUCGAAGCAUCCUCGCCGAUUACUCCUUCGUCUUUCCUACCCUGUUCUGGGUAGGCUUCUCGCAUAUACCUGGACGUCUUGAGGAGACUGGACUAUACCGAGUUCCUAUCGGCAAGGCCUUUGCACCGACGCAGGACAGAAAUUGGGUAAUUGACUUCUGGAACCUUGACGUCAAGUGGGUAUUCGUGGCUCUGCCAUUUGGCUUCUUGAUGAUGCUGUUAUUCUACUACGACCACAACGUGUCAUCUCUCACAGCACAGGCCCGCCAAUACCCCCUCAAGAAGCCCGCUGGUUUCCACUGGGACUUCUUCCUUCUCGGCUGCACAUGCUUCGUUGGUGGCGUUAUCGGCCUCCCACUUCCCAAUGGCCUGGUACCGCAAGCACCCGUACAUACAGAUUCCUUGACCGUUUACGAGACCAGACUGGAGAUCACCAAAACCGAAGACGGCGGUGAGAUCCGUAAGCCAUUCGUCAAGGCUACUGCCGUUGUCGAGCAGCGUAUCAGUCAUUUCUUAAUGGGUAUGGCCAUCUGGGGUACCAUGACCGGUCCCUUACUUAUCGUACUACACACCAUGCCCGCAGCAGUCUUUGCUGGCGUGUUCUUCGUCGUCGGUUGGGGCUCCAUAGAAUCCAACGGCAUUGUCAGCAAGUCGCUCUAUCUCAUGUCCGAGAAACGCUUCAUCCAACCCGAUAACCCGCUCAACCGUGUCUCACGAAGCAAGAUCCGACUUUUCAUCGGCCUUCAAAUACUCGGUGUUGCAUGCACAGUCGCCAUUUCGCAGACUAUCGCCGCUAUCGGCUUCCCGGUUCUCAUCAUCGCGCUCAUUCCGCUACGCACAUUCUUGAUGCCCAAAUGGUUCACAGCACACGAGUUGGAUGUUCUGGACGCCCUAACGGCAGACAACCCUUCCGUGUUGGUCAGCUUUGGCGGAACACCGAGUGGUAUGAAGGCUGGUGGUCCUAUGGAGGGCGGUGCUGGUGGUCCCCGAGACGAGGAGGCUCAAGCACACCCACAUUCUGCCAUGCGUCAACGAGCAGGAAGUCUUCACCGAGAAGAGUAGAAACCUUUGGUACGGCUACGGUAUAGACAAAAAUGUGGAUUUAGCGAGGGGUUUUAGGGCGGUGGCGACGCUGGUUUGUUAGACUAAUAUUCAUUUCGGGAAACAGGCUUCUUAGCCAUUAAGAAGUAUUUAAUGUAUUACAGUAUUUAGUUUCACAAUUCCUUGCGCAGCCUAGAUCUCCGGCGUAUCAUGUCAUGGUAGGAAUAGUGUGCUGAUGAACAACUUUCUCUUUUCUCCGUCGC